AUGCCUGAACCAGCAAAACCCGCACCCAAGAAGGGAUCAAAGAAGGCCGUGACUAAGACGGCAGGAAAAGGAGGCAAGAAACGCAGAAAGUCCAGGAAGGAGAGUUAUGCCAUCUACGUGUACAAGGUCCUGAAGCAGGUCCACCCCGACACCGGUAUCUCCUCCAAGGCGAUGGGCAUCAUGAACUCGUUCGUGAACGACAUCUUCGAGCGCAUCGGAGGGGAGGCUUCCCGCUUGGCUCAUUACAACAAGAGGUCCACCAUCACCUCCAGGGAGAUCCAGACAGCAGUGCGUCUGCUUCUGCCCGGUGAGCUGGCCAAGCACGCCGUGUCCGAGGGAACUAAGGCCGUCACCAAGUACACCAGCUCCAAGUAAAUCCACAUGGCACCCUUUUCACCGAAAGGCUCUUUUAAGAGCCGCCCAAUUAUAUCUAUAAAAAGCAAAGCAUUUCAUCAAGAUGUAGAGGUCGCCAUCAAAAAAACCGAUUGAAUGUUAUUUACUGCUCAUGAUUAAAUGUGGUCUACGGUGGUACA